AUGGGCGGGAGCAAGGACAAAGCGCCUCAGCGCCAGGACGGACCCGGGAGGCCGGCCUCCGGAGAGCAGGAGUCCGGGUCCGCCAGCGCAGAGGGUGCGCCUAGCCCAGAACGCCGACAGGGUCGCGGGAAGGCCCACAGGGCCAGAGCAGCCUUGGAGCCCGCCACUUCGGGAAGCCACGGGACCCCUGGUGGCCGCCAGAAGCCCACCGCCCAGGGGAACGGCGGCUGCAGACCGCCAGGGGCUGAGCCGCCAGCGGAGGCCCCGGGGACACCAGGCAGCACGCGGCGUCCGGGACCCGGGUCUAAGCACCGGGACGGCGGUGGCGGGCGCCUGAAGGAAGAGAGUCUCCCGGGAGAAGGGAGGACCGGCGAGCUUUGCCGCCGCAGGAAGAGAGAAAAAGGGCGAAGACCCCCCGCUCGGAAGGGCUGCAGAGAGACCCGGAGCCUCGAUGGAGACGCGUCGGCUGGAGACGGGGUCAGCUCUUGCCCGGACAACGAAGCCCGCGAGGCCCAGAAGAACGAAAGCCAGGGCAGCGGAGCCCUGGAGCUGCGGCCGAAGCCGGAGCAAACGGACACGGAACCGGGAGACAUCCAAACCGGGUCGGAGCCAGAGCUGGAGCCCGGCGAGCGCCCCAGCAGCUACGGUCUGAGCAGCGACGGGGACAGCGCUGAGGCCCGGAGCCGGGAAGGGUCGUCGGGGGUGGGACGCCGGGGAGAGAGCGAGGAUUCCGGGACAGGCACGGAGUCGAGCCUGGAGACGGCCGAGCCGGGGGGGGGGGGGGGCCCCCAGGCAGCCCCAGGAUCGGCGNCGAGCCGAGCCAUUGAAGCCGAAGAAACUGAGCCGCGCAAAAAAGCCAAGGCCUCCAGCCCCCUCGAGGGCAGCCCCACGUGCGUCCCCCGGAGCUCGCGGGCUUCUCGGGACCGCAGGCCAGCCCGGGACGCAAGAGACAAUGAGGCGCGGCCGGAGGCUGAGCCGCAGGGCGCCGAGCCUGGAAGAGCUGAGGCCUCGGCCGCCCAGGUCGGAAAGGUGGUCGGGAAGGUGCAAGUGGCGGCGGGCGAGAGAGAAUCUGGUGCUGGAGGGGGAGACGGGCCCGGACACCCAGCGCCGCUGGCCACCCUCGUGGCCCUCCGCAGGCUCCGCGCGAAAGCCCCGUCAGGCCCGGCUCCCCAGGCGAGGGCUCCGUCGCCCCACCGCGCCACUCUUAAGGAGCGGCUCCUGCGCGUGGUGCGCGCCCUGGGUCUCCUGCGGCGGCUGCGGCACGCGCUGCAGCGGCCGGCGGGCGAGGGCCGGGGGGCGGGGCCGCGGACGGGCGCGGGGCGGGGCCGCGGGCCGGGACUGCGGCGGCGUCUAGUGCUGCGCCUGGCGGGCGUCUCGGGACUGGGGGGACGGCCCAGGGCUCCUCCUAGCGGCGGCUCGAGCUCCCCACAGUUUGCAAAGAGCUCAGCUCCCGGGGACCCCUCUGAGAAUGAGGACCGGACUCCGGAUCCCAAGUUCGCGGUCGUGUUCCCUAGGAUCCAUAGGACGGGGAGGGCGUCGAGCACUCGGAGCUCAGAGGAAGCGUCCACGGACGCCCCACCCGGGGAGGGGCACGUUUGGCCCUGUGCAGGAGCUUCGGGGGACAGUGAGGGGCGCGGGGCGAGUGGAGAAAGUGUGGCCAGGCCCUGCCGAGGCUCUCUCCUCGGCCCUACUCCCCACGACGAGCCCCCACUCGACGAAAGCGGCUCCAGCAGCGAAGCGGAGCCCGAGACCUUGCGGGCCGAGGCUCCGGUCCACUGGGCUCAGAGCUCAGAACCCCGCGAGGACCCUGGGCUUGGCACCGACGCGCUGCUGCCCCGACUCACCCUGGAGACCCGCCUGCCGUGGGAGAGAAGCCCCGGCCCCUGUGGGUCCCCGAGGGAGCGGUGGGAGCCAGAGGAUGAGACCGAGGAGGCGCUGGAAAGGGACCUGGAGCUGAGCCUGGGGCCGGGCCUGGAGGUGCCGCCCUUACUGGACGCUGAGGGCAGGAGCCUUGGGGAAGGCCUGGAAGACACGGAGGACCUGGCUCUGCUGCGACCCGUGUGUAACAGCGCUGUGCUGCUGUGCCUCAAGAAGAGAUUCCAUCUGGGCCGAAUCUACACGUUUGCAGGGCCUCUUCUGCUCUCUCUGAACCCCCACCGGCCCCUGCCUCUCUUCUCAGCUGAGGUCCUGGCCAGCUACCAUCCCAAGAAGGCCCCUAACACCACCCCACACAUUCUGGCCAUCGUGGUCUCCGCCUACAGCCGGUCUCAGAGCACUGGGCAGGGCACAUGCAUUCUCCUCGGUGGGCACAGUGGCUCAGGGAAGACAGAAGCUGCCAAGACGAUCGUGCGCUUCCUGAGCGGUCUGGAGCAGGAGCCGGCAAGGGACCGAAGACGUCAACUGGAGGGGCUGCAGCUCGUGCUCAGCAGCUUUGGCCACGCCAAGGCCAUCCUCAAUGCCAACGCCAGCCGCUUCGGCCAGGCCUACUGCCUCUGCCUGCAGCACGGGGUCAUCGUGGGAGCCUCUGUAUCACAUUAUCUGCUUGAGACCUCAAGGCUGGUGUUUCAGCGGGAGUCCCAGGAGGUGGCUGCCGUGUCCAGCUGGGCCGAGAUCCACACGGCAGCCCGGCUGCUGCUAGUGCCACCUGAGCGCCUGGAGGCCGCUGUCACCAGGAGGGUCAUGGAGACACCCUAUGGCUGGGUCUGUCGGUCUCUGCCGGUGGAAAGCGCCAUCGAUGCCAGGGACGCCCUGGCCAAGGCGCUGUAUUCACGGCUUUUUACCUGGCUUCUGAUGAGGAGCAAUGCGCAGCUGGCAGCACCCGGGGAGGGAGAGAGCAUGGACACCAUCACUGUCGUGGACGCCUACGGCUUUGAGGCCCUGCGGGUGAACGGCCUGGAGCAGCUGUGCGAUAACCUUGCCAGUGAGCGCCUGCAGCUCUUUUCCAGCCAGAUGCUGCGGGCGCAGGAGGAGGAGGCCUGUCGGCGAGAACGACUGCCCUGGGUGCCCGUUCCCCAGCCUGUGCAGGACACCUGUCUAGACCUCCUCAUAGACCAGCCCCACAGCCUCCUGAGUAUCCUGGAUGCCCAGAUGUGGCUGUCCCAGGCCACGGACCACACCUUCCUCCAGAAGUGUCACUAUCAUCAUGGCAACCACCCCUGCUACACCAAGCCCCAGCUGCCCCUUCCUAUCUUCACCGUGAGGCAUUACGCCGGCACCGUCACCUACCAGGUUCACAGAUUUAUAAACAGAAACCGGGAUCAUCUUGACCCUGCUGCGGUGGAAAUGCUUGCCCAGAGCCAGCUCCAGCUGGUGGGCAGCCUGUUCCAGGAAGUAGAGUGCCAGUCGAGAGCUGGGCCACGUAAACCCACACUGGCCUCUCGCUUCCAGUGUUCCCUGGAGGAUCUCCUAACCCUGCUGGGCAGGAGCCAUGUCUAUUUCAUUCAGUGCCUCAGCCCCAACCCGGGAAAGCUUCCAGGCCUCUUUGAUGUGGGACAUGUGACAGAGCAGCUGUACCAGGCAGGCAUCCUGGAGGCAGUGUGUACCCGCAGUGCCAACUUCCCUGUGCGUGUGCCCUUCCAGGCCUUCCUGGCCAGGUUCCGGGCCCUUGAGACAGAGGGGCAGGGAGAGUCCUCUGACCGAGAGAGGUGUGGCGCCAUCCUGAGUCAGGUGCUGGGGGCCAAGUCCCCCCUCUGUCACCUCGGAGCCACCCAGGUCCUGCUGCAGGAGCCGGGCUGGCAGCAGCUGGAGCAGCACUGGGCCCAGCGACAUUCCCAGGCCCUGCUCACCCUGCACCGCAGCCUGCGUGCCUGCAUCUCCCGCCAGGGCCUCGGCCGCCUCCUCUUGCCGCGGAUGCAGGCUCGCAUACGAGGGUUCCAGGCCAGGAAGCGUUACCUCCGGCAUCGGGCUGCUCUGGGACAGCUGAACACCGUCCUGCUGGCGGCCCGGCCCCUGCUCCAGGGGCGGAGGCGACAGAGAUUGCAGCAGCUUGGGCAUCGGCGUGGCCAGCACAGCCGCACAGCCUCCAAGACAGUGCCAAGCAUGGACCUGGGGCACUUGGAGAUCCCGGCCGAGGUGGCCGUCAUGCUGAAAACAGCAGAAGGCCAUUACCAAGCCUUGGCUGGGAGCAUCACAGAGUCCAUGCCCCCUGAGAUUCCCGCCCGGACCAGCCUGACCCUCCCCCCCGACAUCGACCAGUUCCCGUUCUCCAGCUUCAUCUCCACUAACUUUCAGGAGCCAGCCCUGCCCAGCCCCGGGCAGCCGCUGGCCAAGCCCCUGACCUGGCUGGAUGGUGAGAACCCUCAGCAUGCCCUGGAUAUCAACAAGGUGAUGCUGCGGCUCCUGGGGGAUGUGUCCCUGCCCCCCUGGCAGGAGCAGAGCAUGGGCGAAUACCUGGUGCGACAGGGCCAGCGCCGGCCAGGGCUGCGGGAUGAGAUCUUCAGCCAGCUGGUGGCCCAGAUCUGGCACAACCCGGAUGAGCAGAAGAGCCAGCGCAGCUGGGCCCUCAUGGCCAUCCUGCUCAGUGCCUUUCCCCCCAUGCCCACCCUACAGAAGCCACUGCUGAAGUUUGUGUCUGACCAGGCCCCCAGAGGCAUGGCAGCACUGUGCCAGCACAAGCUGCUGGGGGCGCUGGAGCAGACGCAUCUGGCCCCUGGGAUGGCACGGGCCCACCCCCCCACCCAGCUCGAGUGGACAGCCGGAUGGCGGCGGGGCCGCAUGGCUCUGGACGUCUUUACCUUCAAUGAGGAGUGCUACUCAGCCGAGGUGGAGUCCUGGACCACAGGGGAGCAGCUCGCCGGGUGGAUUCUGCACAACAGAGGCCUGGAGCUGCCCCCCCGUGGCUGGUCCGUGUCACUGCACUCUGGGGACUCCUGGCAGGAUUUGCUCGGCGGUGACUUCGUGCUGGACCUCAUCAGCCAGACUGAGGACCUGGGGGACCCAGUCAGUCCCCACAGCUACCCCAUUGCCCCCCAUGGCUUUGCCGAGGACAUCCCCCCUGCCCCGGGGAUCCAGGCCCCCUCACUGCUCCCAGGUCCACCUCCAGGGCCAGCCCCAGAACUGCCCAGCAGGAGCCAGUCAGGGGACUCUCGGACCUCAGGGAACCUGGAUGGCUUCCUGGACCACCUCUUCCAGCCAGUCCUCUCCCCGGGCGACAGCGAUCUGGAGCAAGGUUGGGCUCUGAGCAGCCGCAUGAAGGGAGGGGGCUCCAUUGGGCCCAUGCAGCAAGGCAGUUACCCCAUGGUUUACCCAGGGAUGAUGCAGAUGCCCGGAUACCAGCCAGCCAUGAUGCCUGCCCCCAUGCCCAUGAUGCCAGCGAUGGGUGCGGUCCCUGCCAUGCCAGCCAUGGUGAUGCCGCCGCAGCCACAGCCGCAGGCCCUGCUGCCCAGCGUGGACCCGAGGCAGCUGGCAGCCCAGCAGCAGAACUUCAUCAACCAGCAGGCGCUCCUCCUGGCCCAGCAGAUGACCGCCCAGGCCAUGACCCUGUCACUGGAGCAGCAGACACAGCAGCGCCAGCGCCAGGCUCAGCCUCGGGCCCAGGCCUCUGGAGCCGCUUCCCCGACCUCACCCCCAGCUGUCGCCCCCAAGCCCAAGAAGCCCCUGGCCCCGCGGGAGGAACCGGAGCGAGAGCCCGAAUCGGAGACCUCACAGGAGGCCCGAGAGAAGGCCCCGCGGCCCAUGAGCUUCCAGCAGAAACAGGACUAUUUCCAGAAGAUGGGGCAGCAGCAGAUCAAGGUGAAGACGGUGAAGCCCCCACCCAAGGUGCAGAUCCCCCAGGAGGAGGAGCGGGAAGAGGACACACCACGAGCAGUGCCUCCCCCCCCACCUCCGCUCACAGUGAAGAAGCCACCGACACAAGGUAGAGCCAAAGCUGCACGAGAGGCUGAGGCUGAGCCGGUGGCCCGGGAGGUGGGGCCUGGUGGUGCCCCCGAGCCAGCCCCCCGACAGCGCGCAGAGCCGAGCAGGGAGAUCCGCAACAUCAUCCGCAUGUACCAGAGCCGCCCGGGCCCCGUGCCCAUGCCCGUGCAGCCGUCCAGGAAGCCCCUGAAAAGUUUCAUGAAGAAAAACAACCCUAAGGACGAGGCUCUGGCUAAGCUGGGGAUCGGCGGUGCCCACAUACCCGCAUCGAUGCCAUCCCCCAGCCCAGGGAAGGGCCCCCCACCAGCUGUGGCCCCUCGACCCAAGGUCCCCCCACAGCCUGGGCCCUCCAGCUCCAUCAAGGAGAACCGGGGUCUCUCUGGCCAGACUCCGCCCGCGGCCCAGGCACCCUCGCCUCCACCAGCACCCCCUCUGCCUCUGCCUGAGGAACCAGGGGCCCCUUCAACUGGGCCCCGCGGCUGGAUGGCGCCCAUGGAGGACCAGGGAGUGUCCACGCAGCUGCUCGUGCCCUCUGGCAGCGUGUGCUUCUCCUACGUCAACCCGCCCUGGAGGCUGUUCCUCCGCAAGGAGGUGUUCUACCCCCGGGAGAACUUCAGCCACCCCUACUGCCUCAGGCUCCUCUGUGAGCAGAUCCUGAGGGACACCUUUGCCAAGUCCUGCAUCCGGAUCUCCCAGGAUGAGCGGAGCAAAAUGAAAGAGCUGCUGGGAGACCUGGAGGUGGGCCUGGACUCGCUUGAUACCACCGAGGACAACGUCAAGAAGCGCAUUGUGGUGGCCGCCAGGGACAACUGGGCCAAUUACUUCUCCCGAAUUUUCCCCGUCUCGGGCGAGAGCAGCAGUGACGUGCAGCUGCUGGGCGUGUCCCACCGGGGGCUUAGACUGCUCAAGGUGACCAAAGGCCCCAGCUUCCACCCCAACCAGCUGAAGACACUGUGCUCGUACAGCUUUGCUGAGGUGCUGGGCGUGGAGUGCCGGGGCAGCUCCUCCCUGGAGUUGUCACUGAAGAGUGAGCAGUUGGUGUUGCACGCGGCCCGGGCCAGUGCCAUCAAGGCCAUGAUUGAGCUGUUUCUGAGCGAGCUCAAGAAGGACUCCGGUUACGUCAUUGCCCUGCGGAGCUACAUCACCGACGACCACAGCCUCCUCAGCUUCCACCGUGGGGACCUCAUCAAGCUGUUGCCAGUGGCCGCGCUGGAGCCCGGCUGGCAGUUUGGCUCCACCGGGGGCCGUUCUGGACUCUUUCCUGCUGACACAGUUCAGCCAGCUGCUGCUCCAGACUUUUCCUUCUCGCCGGAGAAGAGUGGCCGGCGCAAGAGUCAGCUGCAGCAGAGAGAGCCAGGGCUGGCUCAGUGGGAGAGGGCAGCAGAGCGCCAUGCCCGCCCCCGGAGCCAGGCACACAGCGAUGACUCUGUAGCCUACAUCUCUCUGUCCACGGACUCCCACGACUACACCAUGCAGGAAUUUGCCCUGUACCACUUCCGGAAGCCCCAGACCUUGCUGGACCACACCGGUCGAGAUGCUAAGGAGAAGGCCAUGGCCAGCCUGGUGCAGUACACCAAGGCUCCCAUACAAGAGUCGCUCCUCAGGCUCAGCGAGGAGGAUGCAAACACGCAGGCUGUGGAAAGCUUCCAGGUUCUGAUGCAGUUUAUGGGGGACCAGUCUAAGCCCCGGGGCAAGGAUGAGAUGGAGCUCCUUUAUGACCUGCUGAGGCUGUGCCGGGAGAAGGAGAACCUCAGGGAUGAGAUUUACUGCCAAGUCAUCAAGCAGGUCACUGGACACCCUCAGCCGGAACACUGUGCUCGUGGCUGGAACUUCCUCAGCCUCCUGACAGGCUUCUUCCCCCCGUCAGCCACACUGAUGCCCUAUGUGGCCAAGUUUCUGCAGGAUUCGGGCCCAAGCCAAGAGCUGGCCCAGAGCAGCCAAGAGCACCUGCAGCGCACAGUCAAAUAUGGGGGGCGCCUGCGGCUGCCCUCCCCGGGUGAAACUCAGGCUCUUCUGAAAGGGCAAGGAGUCCGCUCGCUUCUAAUUCACCUGCCAGGGGGUAUGGAUUACAAAACCAAUAUCCGGACUUUCACGGUGGCGGCGGAAGUGCUGGAGGAGGUGUGUCAGCAAAUGGGCAUCAUGGACCCCCAGGAGGUGCAGGAAUUUGCCCUUUUCCUCAUCAAAAGGGAAGGCGAGCUGGUGCGGCCCCUGUGGCCCCACGAGUACCUCAACAGCGUGUUGGAUCAGGACAUAAGCCUGCACAGCCGGCGGCUCAGCUGGGAGACCCCGCUGCACUUCGAUAAUCCCACCUACAUCACCACCCACUACCUGCAGGUGCUGCGGGACUACCUACAGGGGAAGCUGUUGGUCAGCCCCAAGGCCAGCGCCCAACUCGCCAGGCUGGCCGCCCUGCAGCACCGCAGCAAGGCCCAAGAGGACCACCUGUUGGAGCGAGACCUGUGGACUUACUUGCCAAAGCCGGUGCAAUCGCAAGUGAACAUGUCCGCCAUAAGGAACCUGACGGACCAGGAGCUGCGGCAGCUGCCAGUCUGCAGCCCCCAAGAAGCACAGAUCAGCUUCCUCGAGGCCGUGAGUCAGCUGCCCCUCUUUGGCUACACGGUCUAUGUGGUGCUGCGGGUGAGUCAACUGGCCCUGUCCAGACCCAGCCUCUUGGGACUGAACCGCCAGCAUCUCAUCCUCAUGGACCCCUGCAGCCAGAAACGGUGCCACUCCAUCACCCUCAAGGACCUGCACCGGCUCCACCUGCUGAGCCCCCUGGAGAGUAAGGGGCCCCCUGGCCUGGAACUCAACUAUGGCUCUGCUGAAAGCCCCCAGACCAUCUGGUUUGAGCUGCCGAAGGCCCAGGAGCUGAAGGACACCAUCGCCUUCCUGCUGGACAGCAGCCUAGCUCCCAACUAGUGGCUGGCCUCACCCAAGAGGAAUGGGGGAGGGGAGGAGAUGAGGAAGGGGCCCCACCCAGAUCCAAGUCUGACCGGGAAGGUCUCCCUUGGGUGCUGUCAGGCCAUUUUGGUUUGGACUUCCCCAUGUGGCUAUUCUGGAACCUGCCGCAGCACAGCACUGCUGGCCCACAUGGCGGCCACGAGGCAGGAGCUGCUACAGUGACAUCAACUGAGAUGGCCAGCAGCAGGACUCCCCCUGGGGGGCCUGGAGUGGGGGCUGCAGGAACUUGCUUGGGCAUCUGAUGCUGCCCAGGCUGGGGGCGGGAGCGGCGCACAGCUGGCCCCAGGCCCUGGCUCAACAGCACGAACCCAAGGCUGGGAGAAGCAAACGGUGAGGAAAUAAAACUCCCAAGAG